GAUUAGGUCUGAGCGUGAAUCGGCUAUCAAAGCUGUGCAAUUGCAAUGGACUUUCUUGACUCUCUGGGCUCUCCGAUGGGUUUGAGCUACCCAGACGAGGGAGACUUGGAUGGCUCUGUUUCUGGCCCUGGGCGCGGAUUUGCUGUGAGAGAAGAGGGCCAUGGAAGACGCCAUAGUCUGAUGAUCGGCGUCUAGCUGGGGUAGUGGGUUCUGAGACUGUAAAGCUUAGGAGGGACCAGCUGGUUGAUUGCGGAAUGGUAAAGAGAUUUGUCAGGAGCGCGGAGCAUAGCUUGAAGCAGAUGAUGGAGAAUUGUAUGUAUAAUGUGACGGUGGAGAGGAAGAUGGUGAAGGAUGCUAUCAAGGCGAGGGGGAUGGAGACCAACGCUAACAGGGGCAGGGCGAUCAGCGUGGUGGGCAUGUAGGGCGGGGUAGCAGGUAUAUAUUGUUAGGUAGGUGUUGCGCAGAUGAGCUCUGUUUGAGGGUCAAAAGACGUCCAGUAUUUCAUGACUAGAGAAAGAUGAUAUGAAUUCAUUCGGCUGAUGAUAAAAACCUGCUUUUAACUAAUGUUUUGACUUCCACAGCGAGUCGUGAGAUGCGGAGAGAAGCAUGUGAUAGUUUGGAAGUACGUGGUUGGCGCCUGAGGCGUCCACUCAACCGCCGAUUCGAUUCACGAUUACAUCAGUCUUCGCCAUCUGGCUGAUGUUUAUAUCCAACCUUAAUUUUUCGAACAAUUGAGGGCGACUUACUCUAUACCUCCGCGAAAAACAAUGGACCAAGCCCAAUCCCAAAAUGAAGCCGAGUUCCCAUGGGAGAUCGGGGUCUUUGACGCCCAUUGUCACCCCACCGACACCAUGUCCUCGAUCGCCGACAUUCCCCGAAUGAAAGCAACCACGCUGACGGUCAUGUCUACGCGAGGCGAAGACCAAGAUCUCGUCCUACAAAUAGCAAAUGACCUCGCCAAGGAAUUGCCGGGCACCCAGAAACAGCGACCCCGCAUCCUCCCAUGUUUUGGCUGGCAUCCGUGGUUCUCGCAUCAAAUACUAGACGAUAAAGCCGACAAGUCAGACUCAAACUCCGGCAUUGGAGAGUCGGCCGCCGAGUUAAAGAAGGCGCAUUAUAGGAAAGUGCUCAAGCCGUCCCCAGACGACGCAUUCAUCUCCACUCUCCCCGAGCCGAAACCCUUGUCGCAACUCAUCUCUGAGACAAGGUCUCGGCUGCUUGCUUUCCCAACGGCCCUUGUUGGGGAGGUUGGUUUGGACCGCGCGUUCAGGCUCCCGCAGGCGUGGAUGCAGGAGGAAAUUGACGCUCGAAACGGGGAGAUGACGCCCGGGUCGCGGGAGGGUCGGCGUCUCUCCCCGCAUGUGGUUCGCAUAGAGCACCAGAAGGCGAUUCUGGAAGCUCAGCUGCGGUUAGCUGGAGAGUUACAGCGGCCUGUCUCUGUGCAUAGUGUGCAGGGCCACGGUGCGGUAUUUGAGUUGUUUAAGAGUCUUUGGAAGGGGAAUGAGCGGAAAGUCGCCUCGCGGCGGGAGAUGAAGCGGCGGCAUAAUGUUGAUGGGGCUCAUGCAGGGAGUGAUGCAGAGGGGGACGAAGAUGGGGAUGGGGAGUCAUUGAGUGAUGGACGGGUGAAGCAGCCUCUCGCGUUCCCGCCGCGGAUAUGCAUGCACUCGUACUCGGGCCCCGUGGAAACGAUAAGACAGUUUCUGCAUCCAUCAAAUCCGUCAGAUGUGUACUUUUCUUUCUCUGAUGUUAUCAAUUUCGGACAUCAAUCUGACAAGUCUGUUGCUGUGAUCAAGGCUUUACCUGACGAUAGAGUCUUGAUUGAGAGUGACUUGCAUAUUGCUGGGGAGGAAAUGGACGAACGACUGGAGCAGGUUACUCGACAGGUCUGCGAGCUUCGCGGGUGGGACUUGAAGCAAGGGGUGCAGCAACUUGCAGAUAACUGGAAGCGCUUUGUAUAUGGCUAGAUGAUUCAAAGCUUCUACAAGGUAAACACUUUACAGAAGACCGCAGCAAAGAUCAUCACGUUUACACAUUAGACUAGAGCAGGUAUAGGUAUAAAAAUUUUCAACCAAAGAAUCCGAGAUCCAUUAAGUAGAUACACGAACAGAAGAACCAAUCAGGUCAAAGAAGAAGGAAAAAAGAGGUAAAAGGUUGAGUGCAUCACGUCAUCCAUCUAAACUCUUCGGCCCCAGAUUUAGAAAGCAAGAACGGCAGCGACACCGGCAGCGACGGCACCGAGGCUGAUGGCGUUGCGGCCAGCAGCACCAGUGAACUGAGG